UGGACUUUUCUUCACUGAACGCAAACGCAAGAUGAACUUCACUACGCAUGCGCUAUCUCACGGGAUCUCGAAUAUGCAAAUGAGGAGGUAGAAUCCGAGUUUGAUCGAACACAACAAAAACAUGGCGGAUGAAGAAGAAAAACCUGAACAUGAAUCUUAUAAAGACAAGAAACUGAAACUACAACGCUAUAAGGAAGAGAUAUAUAAAGUUUGGAAUAUAGUAGGCGAAAAAGGUUUUAAAGCUGCUAGUAUCAGCCCUGAACAUGUCAACAUAAUAUUUUCAAUUCUGAAUUAUGAGACUUCAUUGGAACAAACUAUACAGGACUCAAGUUGCAAAAGCAUUGAAUCCAAAAAGACACUUGAUCACACAUCAUGGGAUGAAGCAUUCUCUAUUGCUCUAAAAAGCUGUUCACGCAUACUGAAAUUACUGGUAUCAACUGAUCCUCAUGAGUGCAAAGUAGACUCUCCUACGAUCAUAAAGAAGUUACUGGCAGUUAUCAAGAGCAGGUCAUCCUGCAGAGUACAUAAUUUUACUUACAUUGUCAAAAUUGUUGAUACUCUCACUUUACUUCUGGCUGAAGAUAGUACCAAUAUACUGCAGGCAAUUCUAAUUGGAGUCAAUUGUUAUGAGUAUCUCAUCUCUGGUUUUACUGCGUGGACCAACAAUAAUAAAGAGCAAAAUCAAUUAUAUGAUAGUUGUACGAGAGCAAUUGCAACCGUCACCUAUGGAUCUCCUGCAUCUAAGGAAGUUUUCAAGGCUUCUGUAGGAUAUGAUAAACUAGUUGGUUUCUUCAAGAAUCUACAAGACCCAUCAGACGACUUUGUCUUUGCUCUUAUGGRUUGGGCAGUUGAAGGUGACUAUCAAAGAGGAGACAUGGCCAUCAACAAUGUAGAUGUGAUACUAAUGCUGUUAGAUUGGUUGCCAAGUACAAAUGUAUACAUUCAAAGACUGGCUACUGAACAUCUGAGAAGACUGUGCCAGCUGUCCACUCGUAAUGCUAUGCUGUGUAGUGUUAACAGAGUGUUCGGGAAGAUUAUCAACAUCCUCGAAUCUUGUCAUCGGUCCAUCGAUGAAACAUGGGCAGAUGCCCUGAUCAAGGUGUUGGAAGAGCUGGGCUCAUUUUCUGUCAAUGCGUCAGAACUAAAGCAGAUGAUAAGUCUGUUUAGACCUUCACAAUCCGGCACCAAGGGUAUUAGUGUUUCAUCUAUCCAGAAGUGGGUCGGGUCUGGGUUCACUUUCUUCACAUGGCUUUGUCUUGAGCCAGGAUCAAAGGAAGUAAACAAGCUUCAAGCGCUGCAUCGACCAAAUUCUCGACGACGACUUUACAGUUUCUUUUCGAGUUCUGGAAUUGGUGUCGAGUCUUUUAUCUCGAGAGACAGUGAUUUGGUGGUUGCUACUAGUAACAAGAAGGAAUAUCAUACAGUCAAAGUACCAGCUAGUAAUCUGGUAGAUGGGCAAUGGCACUCUGUAAGUAUUGCACAUCUACCCUCUCGCCGGCCAUUUGGACAAAGUACCGUGUGCGUCUGUAUCGAUGGAGUGGUCAAAAUGACUUGUGCCUUGAAGUUUCCCUCUCUUUCCGAGGAGCUGUCACACUGUUACAUCGGUUCAGGGGCAACAUUUACAACUCACCACGGCCACUCGCAUCACCCACCGUCAGCUAAAGCGAUGAAAUCACCAUUCGCUCGUGCAGCAAGUCUAGAUUCACCAAUGCUUGACAGUGGCCAUGCUACCAUCAUACCAGCCGGCACACAGGAUAUGAUGUGGGGGGCCCCUACAUCCCUGCAAGGGCAGUUGGGACCUAUUUGUAUAUUCAAUGAAGGUCUAUUGGAGGCAUAUCAUCAGGCUUGGCAUAAUUCAGGCCCUAAUAAUCUAGACAUAUUUCAGCCCCCUGACUCGUCUGGCACGUCUCAGGGUAGUCUGUACGAGCUCUCGUCUAAGCUGGUUCUCUACUAUCAUGCCAAGGCUGUGCGUGAUUUUGUUUGCUAUGAUUUAACUCCUCCUCAACCGACCCACACGGAAUUACAUGGCAGAAUAAGUGGCCAUCAGUGCAUCACGUGGAAUAUCAAGGAUGUCAUCCAAACUAUCGGUGGAGUGGAAGUAUUUCUUCCUUUGUUAGAAGGAAUUGAAUACAACAAAAACGCAAAGAAAAACAAUGGGAAAGACGCACCAAAUUCUUCCCCUAACGACAAGAUGACAACGAAUUUAGAUUCUACGAAGAGCGAACCAGGAAAGACAGGCUCUUACAAUGAUUCGUGCAUGAACGAAAAAUCCAAAGUGUUCAUUGAAAACGCAGGAGUACAUGGUAUCGGUGAAUCGUCAGAGGCGGUCACUGUAAAUGCCGUUUCUGCAUAUAAUACAGGAGAAUUAUCAGAGACUGUCAGUGGGGACUCUGUUGAUAUUAAUGCUAGGUCUUCAGAGACCUCAAAUGCACUCUCUCAUCAUGGCGUUGGGUCAUCAUCACACACAACAAAUCAAUCGAUCACUGAGGAUGUUACAGAACGUUCAUUGAAAAACUCAAAUUCAACCAAUGACAACGAUUCAAAUAAUGUCAACGAAGAAAGACGGACUCAAUCCGAAAGAAGUAGACAUUUUAAAGUUAAUUUCACUUCCGGUGGAACCGGAAGUCAUGCCAUCGAUCCACAGGAAUCCCAAACCGAAGAAUGGACAAUUAUAGAUCCGCGUGCCAAUAUAUAUCAUUUAAGAGAAGAAAUGACAAAAUACUGUGAAACAACCCAUUGCUCAGAUGUCUCUUUAUUUUUGUAUCUUAUUCUUAACGUCUUUAAAGAGAACGAGUCGAUUGAUGCUAUUAAUGAUCAGAGUAUAUCAUUCAUAGCUCACAUGUUGGAGUUGUGUGACUCAAGACUCCUUGAUGUUGACGUCUUAGAGUCACUCCAAGCUAUGAUAGAUUGCGUGACAAGUCCUUACUUACUGGACCAAAUCUACCAACAUCUAGUCUUUAAUUUUCGUAUCUGGAGCACUUGUUAUUUCAAUGUUCGAGUGGGGCAUAUACAGUACUUGUCUACAAUCAUCAAGGAUAAUUCUUCGUUGUUCAAGAAAUCCUUCGGCGUUCAGUUUUUCCUUGAUGUUAUCAGGAUGUAUUACGCUGGGACGCAUGAAUCUUUGUGUAAAACCGCUGAGGCCAAACGUGCAGGCGCUGUUGACAUUACAGAGGAUGAAGUCAAGGCUGUAAGAGCUUCUUUGUUAGGUCUGGUUAAGUUCUACCUAAAGGACAAGCCAACACUUAGUGAAGCAAAAUGUUUGGUGCAGUAUUUACAUAGUGUACAAGACGCUGACCAGGUGGUCGAGAUACUGGAUCUGAUGAAUGCUUUAUGUACUAGAUCAUCAACUAACAAACUAGUCAAGAGACUAUCAGACCCAAGUAACGUCUGUGUCUUUAUCAACGUCCUUCAAAACUACAAACACGAGAACAUUCGACUCAAAGUUCUCAAACUCAUGGGGGCCAUAGUGGCGUCAUCCAAGGUACCGGAAGUCAACAAAGAGGCCUGGCGCCUGAAGGAUGUGGGGCUCACGCCCCUGACGGAUGUACUUGAAAGCGAGGCUACUAUUUCGAUAGUACUGGGACUACUGGAGCUUGGAGUGGUUGGGCUGUCUGAAGUGAAGGGCGUUCAGGUGUAUGGCUACUAUGAUAUAGUGUUAGCUGUGGUGAAAAUGGUUCUCAGUAAAGAUUCACAGACCAAGUUACUGGUCAGUCACAUGAUUUUGCGAUCUCUAGAUGCCAGCAGACAGAGUCACAUGUCACUAGCAAAAGAACCCGCCUGGUAUGACUACCUGCUAAGACUGCUGACCGUUAACUCACGUGACCAGAUUCCAUCAGACCUCGAGUCGGAUGAGGCAGUGUUUGUGAAAGACCUAGUGAACACUGUGCUGGACAUAUUGUUUCGAGUGAUGUGGAGAGGAGUUCAGGGAUACGAUGAAGAGGCUUGGAAGGAUCGUGGACAAGUCAUUACAGCAGUCAGUACCAUCGCGUCCACCGAGAUCUUUUUAUACCCUUCCCGGGUAAUUGAGAGAACCCUGCUAGAAAUGAGCCUGCAAGCAGCUGUAGAAGAUAUUCAGCGGUCAGGACAAACAGGAGCGAGUGAGACGCAGAACGCGCUGAUGGUGAUGAGGCUUGUGGAAGACUUUCUGUUCACAUCAGUCUCUUUUACCGGCCAGGAGAUAGAAGCUACCCAUACAUGGAGUGUUAAGUUAGUCCAGUCAGUCGCUCAGCUUCUGGAAGUUCUAAACGUUUGGGGCGAAGAUGACAGCGAAGAGACAACUGAAUGGGAAGAAAUGGCGCAAAUCGGAGGUCGAAUCCUUCUGGGCUUUAUAUCUCGGCAAGAAACAGAAUUCUGUGCCACUGCUUCGUCAAAACUGAGCAAGUUACUCAAGGCGCGAACGAUACAUUCGCAGGUCGAGUUGUGUUACGUGUUAGGCAAGCUGUAUAACGCGUUCGUGGACUCAAGGCAAAAAGAAACCAAGAAUUUCACCUUCAUUCUACCCAUCAUUCGCAUGAUAGUGCUCAAAUACCGCGAACGGUUACCUCUGAGUAUCUAUAUCCCAUCGUUCACCGCGCCAGGUCAAAGCCAGCCGAAGUUCGAAGACGAGUUCAUAAAAUUGGCGGAAACAGAGGAGUUUAAAGCUCUUAUGCGACAACAAGUUAUCCCGGCGAUCCGACCGUACGAGAACCAAUGUUCUGACAGUUCAGUCGCCUCUGGAAGGUUCUGGAUGGACUGUCUGAAUGGAUUGACCAGCAGUCUACAGAAACGAGAUACAAGUACCAAGACAAGCAGUGUUAAAUACCAGGAAGCCAUCAUCAGGGAGGCGGGAAAAGUACUGGAAAAACAAAGAGAACACGAAACAAGUGUUAUCACGCAAAAAAGCCAAGAAAGUGCUAUGACGUCACGUGACUGGGUGAUCUGUAAGCGAAAACUUACCUCCGAGAGAGCUGCAUGGGCGAACAGAUCUCCCGAAGAGAUGUAUUGGAAGCUGUCAACAACCGAGAACUUUCAGCGCAUGCGUCUUAAGCUCUGUCGCAACUACAAUUUCACCAAUCACUUGGACGCUAGCCAGAAACGUGAUAAUGUAGGGCUUGAGAAUGGUAACGGGAAUGGGUCAUCGGUUGCAGUACGCCUGUCCAAGGAAGCGCUGGUACAGGGAUCCGAGGUUGCGACUGACUUUGAAGAUGUUGUGUUACCUAAUAACACAGCCAGCCCACCAACAAGUCCUCAACGAAAGACUCCAACGUUAACAGAGAAAGUACUGCUAGAAGUUGAUGCGGAUUUCAUCACUUUAAUGGAGAGUCUCCCAGGAAAGCUGAAGGUCUCUACUACGCAUGUCUACUUCUUAGCCAAUAAGAAUGAAGAAACUGCUGCCCAGGCGUUUGCGUGGGCUCUGACGGAGCUAAGAGAAGUUCAUCUUAGACGUCACAACCUUCGAAGAACAGCAUUGGAAUUCUUUUUGGUCGAUCAUACGAAUUAUUUUAUUAACUUUUCUAAAAAGGACCGCCGAUCUGUCUAUAAGAGCAUCAUGAGUCUUCGUCCACCCAAUCUCUAUUACAUUGGUGCUCGUUCUCCCAUAGAGCUGCUCAAGACCUCGGGUUUAACAGAGCGAUGGGUCCGACGAGAAAUUUCUACCUUUGAAUACCUAAUGCAGUUAAACACGAUCGCUGGACGAACGUACAACGACUUGAGUCAGUAUCCAGUCUUCCCUUGGGUAUUAACAGAUUACAGGUCUAAAGAGCUCAACCUGGAUAACCCCGAGGUGUACAGGGAUUUGUCGAAACCUCUUGGGGCGUUAAAUCCCGAGAGGGCGGAAGAAGUGCGAGACAAGUAUAAUUCAUUUGUCGAUCCGACUGGCACGAUGCCGAAGUUCCACUACGGUACCCACUACUCCAACUCAGCAGGCGUUCUCUUCUACCUUCUCCGCGUUGAACCCUACAGCACCCUCCACAUCAAACUACAAAACGAGCGCUUCGACCACGCGGACAGGCAAUUCCAGGACAUCCCUACACAGUGGGAUUCAAUCUACCACAAGGCCUCUGAUGUACGAGAACUCAUUCCAGAAUUUUUCUACUUCCCUGAAUUCCUGGAAAAUUUGAACCGCUUUGAUAUUGGUCGAUUGCAGGAUGGUACCGUGGUGGACCACGUGGUACUACCACCAUGGGCGAAGACCCCGGAAGAGUUUGUUUACAAACACAGGAAAGCGUUAGAGUCGGAAUACGUCUCGAAGAAUAUUCAUCACUGGUUUGACUUGAUAUUUGGGUACAAGCAAAGAGGCAAAGCUGCUGAGGAUGCUCUAAAUGUUUUCUUUUAUUACACUUACGAAGGAGCAAUAGACCUCGACGCCAUAACAGACCCAAAAGAGCGCGAACCAUUAGAAGGAAUGAUCAACAACUUCGGACAGACACCCACCCAACUCCUCACCGAGCCACACCCACAGCGCCUGACUCAACAGGAAGCUACUGCGUAUAAAAACAAGGUCCUGGAGAAUUCCGGGACGACGCGCUUGCUUCCUAAUGUCUUCAAUGUCUUUGAUAAACUAAAGGCCUAUUUUGUUGAAGUUACCGAUGUCCGUGACCCACUGGUAUUCACCGCUGUCCCAAAAGUUCAAGCGCGCAGUCUCAUCCAUCACGGUAUGCCCGACACCAUGGUAACCAUCAGUCGUCGAGGAGUGCUGGCUGCGCAGGACUGGCUUCCAUACUCCAAGAGUAAAUCGAGGCCUUUCACUUUCGAGUUGGAUCCCGCUCUGAAUUCACCAAAGUUACGACGCACUGUUGCAGCACCUUUUGUUCCCGACCUCACCAUCACCUGCAAAUUAUUUGCUAUUUCCAAUGACGCUCGACUAAUCUUUACCGGUGGGCACUGGGACAGCACCAUCCGGGUCUUCACUCCUAAGGGGAAAAUGAUAUCCCGUAUCAGGGCGCAUUCUGAUGUGGUCACGUGCUUAGCACUCGACAGUGAUGGCCGACAUCUGAUCACAGGUUCACGUGACACAACAUGCCGUAUUUGGAGAGUAACUCAUUUGGGAGGCUGGGCAUCGGACGUGGAGAAGACACCGUUGCAGACCUUAUAUGGUCAUGACCGAGAGAUCACGUGUGUGGCCAUUAGUUUGGAGAUGGACUUGGUGGUCAGCGGUGCCGAGGAUGGCACUUGUAUAAUCCACACGGCAAGAAAGGGUGAAUACGUACGAACUCUAAGACCCCUGGACACCGAGCAAAUCUCUACUCCCGGUCUCUAUCGAGUCUCCUCUCUCAGUAUCUCAGAAUACGGUAACAUUGUUCUCUUCUGCUAUGGUCGAGAACACCGUACACUCUGUCGCUACUCCAUCAAUGGCCGACUACUGGAUGACGAAAGAACCCUGAAAGAUGACGUCACAGCCAUGACAGUAUGUGGAGAGUAUGUUGUCACUGGUGGCAGCGGUGGAAGACUCAGCAUACGGGAACUUCAUGGUUUAAAAGAAGUAAAAAGCAUAAAGCUCCGCACAAGUAUAACAAGCAUAUCUUUGGCCAAAGACAACAGUCAUAUCUUUGUACCUUUAAUCGAUGGUAAACUAAUCAUCAUCGCUGUAAAUACCACGUGACCCGACUACCACGUGACCCGAAUACCACGUGACCCGAAUACCACGUGACACGAAUACCACGUGACACGAAUACCACGUGACACGAAUACCAGUCCACAUGACAUGAACGCGGACAAGUUUUCCCGUGCACAACUGGAAACCAGUGGUUAUACUGGCAGGAGUUGAGACACAACGACAAAGGAUGACACUUGUGCUGCUAAUAUUGUUCAAAUGUUUAAAAUUUAUGCAAAGGGUAAUGUAUAUAUAUGAGGUACUCAUAAUAGUUGAAGAGGGAUUCGCAUAAAGGCCUAUUUACACGGCACGAUUUGCCGCGCGCGACUUGACGUAUACGGCAAAUUUUGGUACCAUUUACACGAGCACAACUUGUCGCACGCGGCACGAAAAAAACGCGAGCAAUAUUUACUCGUCAUUACAGCAAAUGUUUCUUUUUGUAAAAUGCCACCAUACACAGUUGAGAAGUGCAGGAAAUGAUCAUGUCUACCUUGUUAUUUGAUGAGAACAUUCAGAAUUUUUGCACUUCGUGUUUAAUAACCGGUAAAGACGUUUUCAUGGAAAUCCGCCAUUUUGUUUUGGAAUCAACUAGUUCCAGUCCCAAUCUCGGUCAAAAUCGUCAUAUUUACGUCAUUUUCCUACGGCAUGUCGUAGGGUUUUAAGCCAAAGUUUAAAAUGCUACGACAAGUCUUGAGGCCGCGUACGUCUGUCGUAGGACCAUUUACACGACCCGAUUUUGAGCUAAUUUUGCCGUAUACGUCAAGUCGCGCGCGGCAAAUCGUGCCGUGUAAAUAGGCCUUAAGAGAAACUAAAAAGAAUCUUAGAAGAUGACGUCACAGCUUUGACAAUAUGUGGAGUAUGACGAAAUCCGUUCUCAUGCGAAGCCAUUUCAAUGUCAUGUUCCCACUCACGCGAAAAAAACCUUUUAAUUUUUUAUUUUGCGACAAAGGAGAAGACGUACAGUGAUUUUAGUUUCCAGAUUAUUUACUGCGCGUGCUCAGAACACUUUUUACACAUGCGCGCAAUAAUUGCGGCCGACUUUUUAGAAGAUGAAAUAGGAAAACACUACUGGAAAAGGAUAUUCUUUUCUUGAUCUUUGAAAUCUAAAGUGGUGUAGUCGUAGUUAACUCGCCUUUCACCUCAGAAGUCCCAGGUUCGACGUGAGUAGUGUUUGUUAGUCUCUCCCUUGAUUCGAGGACCUUGCUCCCUCAGCAAACCUAAUACUUAGAUUAGACUAGAGGUUGUUUCAGGGUUCUAUCUGUGAGUUAGCCGAGCCCUGAC